GGCAGCAAAAAUCGACCUUCUCUUUCACGAAAGUAUGACCUUUGUAUUCACUAAUCGUUCAGUUGGGGAUAUGGAUAUGUUUGCAAAUGAUGUAAGGGAAAAUGUGGUUACGAAUUAUAUGGAAAAUACUUACAUAAAUCGUAUGGAAACUGCUUUCACAAAUCGUAUGAAAACUGCCUUCACAAAUCGAACUUUUGAAGUUCUUAAAAAAGAUCUAGAUAUUGAUGCAUAUCUUUAUAAAUUAACUAAACUUUAUGGUCAAAAUGGAAUCUUUGAAUUAAAUAUGAUUGGUAUUAGGCAAAUAAUAAUUACUCGAGCAGAAUAUGCGGAAGUCUUUAUGUUUCCGUCAAUGUCAUCAUCGGAUCAAGAUAAGCAUAUGAAGCAUAUAAUGAGAUCUCAUAACGAUGGGCUUUUAAAAUAUUUUGAUCUUGAAAAUAAAGGUCUUGUGUUUAAUGUUACUUACAAUCAUUGGAAAUUUAAUCGUCAGAUUUUUUCACGACCUGUCAGGACAGCAUCUUGUUCAGAAGAAACUAGUAGAUUAAUAAAUAAUUUAUUUGAAGAAACAAUGAGUUAUUGGAUUAAAUUGAAGAAACCUGAUGAAGAUAUAACAGUUAUUGAUGUGACUACUUGGAUUAAUAGACUUUUUAAUGAUUUUAAUUCUGUAUUUAUAACUGGACGACGAUCAUUUGCGAUCGAAGCUCAUUAUCGCAAAUUUAAAAAAAUUGAUAUGACAAAAGAGAUGUCAGACGUUGAAAAUUUUGCGGAGUGCAUAGUCAACUUUGCGAGUGAUUGUCAAAUAUUAUUUAUGCCAAAAAUUUUAAUUAACUUCGAUCAAAAACAAUUGGGAAAUGAUUUCUUAACUUCUAUGAUUGUUACAAAUACUCCGUAUGAAACUUGUCCUCAAAUAAAUGUUGAUCCUUCAUUAUUAAGACCAAUGACUAAUGAAGAAAUACGUGGUGUUAUAUUUGAUUCAUAUUUAACUACGGAUACGGUACGUAAAAAUAGCUAUUAUGGUGAGGUGUAA